CUCUCUUUGACAGAGCGAGAAAGAGAGAGAGAGAGGAGGGGGAGGAGAGAGAUUGGGGAUGUGCCGUGUGUGAGGGGAGGAGAAGGAGGGGUUUGGCUUCAGUGUGAUGUGAAUGAAAUAGAAUCAGAGUGAGGGAGGGAGACAGAACAAAUCAACCUGCCUCUUUAGACUGAACAACGGAAUGGAAGAGCUGAGCUCCUAGGCACACUGACCAGAGAGGAGUUUUAUUUUGGGAGAGGGGAAGAAGGGAGCAGACGAGGGAAAUCGAAGAGGGAGGAGGAGGAGAAAAAGCCUCAGCGUGGGGAUAGAUAGAUAGCAGAAAAAUGCUGUCAUGGGGAGAGGGGGGAGGGAGGCUACAGAAAGGAACAGGAUGAUACCAGGCAGGGUGGAGCGGAGCUGAGAUGUGGAGCAGGACCAAACCAAAACUGGACCAAACCAAAACUGGACCAAACCAAAACUGGGGCACACCAGAAUCGUAGUCAUCUGCAGAGCUGGAGAACGUCCUAAAAUAACUUGGAAUGGGUGUACGCUUUCCAGACUUAAAACAUAUAAUUGUAUCUGACUGUGGGACAUAACUGUCAUCUAAUAGUCCUCUGCAUUUUGUUAUUUACUCAUCCGGUUUGGGAAAGUGAGGAGAGAUAGUUGGAGGAUUGGAGUCAGAGUCUGAGGCACCAUGCAGUCUGACGACCUCUUCCUCCGCAAGUUCUGCCGGCAAAGGCCGCGACCCCCUCUGGCAACGGUCAACUUUGACUCUAAGCGGGACGGUGGGGUACGGGCGAGGGUGCUGGCAGGGGAGUGGCCCCCGAGGAGGGACGGGGAGGGGGCAGAUGGGGAGAGCCUUACUACCCCGAACCGUGUGAGUCUGAACCUGAGGUCAGUGGGCCGAGGACACAUCAUGCAGAGAAGCAACAGUGACGUGACGCUGGGUGACCUGGACUCUUCUGGUAAGGUGGGAGGGAAGGCCACACGGGUGGUGGGGGAGAAGGCAGGUGCCGGGGCUCAGGGGGACUCAGGGGUGGUACUGCACAGGGAGUAUGGCAGCCUCUCCUCACUGGAGAGACAGACAGGUCUGUCAGGAACACAGGAGCUCAGUGCAGACGACCAGGGAGCUCUGAGCCCCAACGCCCUCCGCUUCAAAGACCCCUUCCUGCUGCUGGGUCUGCAUGCAACACCCCCAGAACCAGACGGCUUCUUCAGGGCUCUKUCCGCCCCCACAGGAGAAACCCCAAAACCAGCCAAGCCCCCCAAGCCUGAGGGGCUGAGCAAGAAGGCCAAGCCUUCACCCCCACAGAUCCCCCAACCAGGUCCUUAUGACAACCUGGGAGGCGGAGCCUGGGUCAGGAACUUUGCUCACUAUGAUGUUCAGAGCAUUCUGUUUGACCUCUUGGAAGCAGCCAGCAAUCGAGACAGCAUCGGCCGCAAAAAGAACAUCACCUCAGGGGCGUCGGCCGCCUCAACGAUGCGCCCCCUCACCCAGGCCACACCCUCCUCCCCCUCGCAGGGUGGGGGUAGUGGUGGUGGGGCUGUGGAGGACCCUGACCAGUGUCUGCUGGACGAGGGAGAUGGGAACGACAACGAGCUGCUGCUCAGCUGCCCCCACUUCCGUAACGAGAUGGGGGGUGAGGAGCGGGCGGGCCUGGGGCAUACGCAGGGAAGAGGGUGCCUGUGGCUGAGCCUGAGGAACCCCAACGAUGCAGUGUCAGUACUGGAGGAACCCAGAGAGAGCCACRUCCAACAGCAGGGCAAGAGCAACUACUUCAUAGAACACGCAGACCUGGGAGCCCACUACUACCGCAAAUAYUUCUACAUGAAAGAUCAUCAGAACUUCUUUGGUAUAGAUGACCGACUGGGUCCAGUGGCCAUCAGCUUCCGUAGAGAGGAGAAGGAGGGGUCCAGUGGAGCUCAGUAUAACUACAGAAUCAUCUUCAGAACCACUGAGCUGAAGACUCUGCGAGGCUCCAUCCUGGAGGAGUCCGUGCCGUCAGCGGCCCGCCACACCACCCCGCGCGGCCUGUCUCCUAAGAGGCUCCUGGAGUUYAUCAUCCCUGAGCUCAACCUCCACUGCCUGCGUCUGGCCUCCACCUCGCCCAAGGUCCGAGACACCCUGCUCAAGCUGGACGAACAGGGGCUGAACUUCCAGAGGAAGGUGGGGGUGAUGUACUGCCGUGCAGGCCAGAGCUCUGAGGAGGACAUGUACAACAACGAGAGCUCCGGGCCGGCUUUCGAGGAGUUCCUGGACCUGCUGGGGGAGCGAGUGAAGCUGAAAGGCUGGGAGAAGUACCGCGCUCAGCUGGACACCAAGACGGACUCCACGGGGAUCCAGUCCCUCUACACGCGCUACCAGGACUAUGAGGUGAUGUUCCAUGUGUCCACCAUGCUGCCCUACACGGCCAACAACACACAACAGUUGCUGAGGAAGAGGCACAUUGGGAAUGACAUAGUGACCAUAGUGUUCCAGGAGCCAGGGGCUCUGCCCUUCACUCCUAAGGCCAUCCGCUCCCAUUUCCAACAUGUCUUCAUCAUCGUCCAGGUGGAACAGUCCUGCUCUGACCAUACCUACUACAGGGUGGCGGUGACACGCUCCAAAGACAUCCCGUUAUUUGGGCCUCUGUUCCCUACGGGUGCUCGAUUCCCCCGUUCCCCUGCCUUCAGAGACUUCCUGCUGGCCAAGGCGGUGAACGCUGAGAACGCUGCCGAGAAGGCGGAGAAGUUCCGCUCCAUGGCCACGCGUACACGACAGGAGUACCUGAAGGACCUGGCAGAGAACUACGUGACCACCACGCCAAUCGACUCCUCCACCAAGUUCCCCCUGCUGUCCCUGGGGGGCAAACGCAAAGACAAACUGAAGGGGGCCAARGGGGCAGAGCUGCACAGUGCUGGGGCGCUAGUCUGGGCUGUGAGGGCCACCAGUGGGAAUGAGGAGGAGACAGGAGGACAAAAGCUGCCCUGUCUACUGGGGGUUUCAGCUGAAUCAGUGGUGCUGAUCGAGAGAUACACACGGAGGGUGGUGUUCAACUGCUGCUGCCGCGACGURAUUGGCUGGAAGGCGUUGACAGACAGCAGGGCCUGCCUGGAUAUCUUCUAUGAGAGGGGGGAGGCAGUGUCAAUCAGUGUGAUGGACAGCCAGGCAGAGGAGAUACGGGAGAUGGUGCAGAGACUAGAGCUGGUGACGCGGGGCUGCGAGGCGCGGGAGGUGACCCCGCUGCGUGAUGGGGUGGGCCAGCCAGGCUUCCUGAUGAGCGAGGAGGGCUUUGUGACGGACCUGCAGCGGUUUGGCUAUGCGGAGAGUGGGGGUCUGCAGCUGGGGGCGCGGGUGGUGMGGCUGUGUGGUCACGCCCUGGUGCACCUGGGGCCGGAGGAGAGGGCCAGACUGCUCCGCACUGCCCACAAGAUCCACAUCACCGUCAUCCCUCCAGACGAGAACGGCAAGCCCCGCAGGAGUUUCUCAGAGUUGUACCAGAAAGCCAUCCAGGAUGCAGAGCGUAAGCCUGGGGAGGGCCAGUCUGGAGAGGCYUGGGUACUGGACGAGAGGGAGGAGGAGGAGGAGGAGAUGGAGGAAGAGGAGCGUGAACAGGGAGAGGGAAAGGAGGCGGAGACUAUGGAGGGACCAGCUGAGGGAGGAGAGGCUGAGGACAGGCCGUCAGAGAYGGGACAGGGUGAGGAGGACAAGGGGGACCAGGGCUCCCUUUUCUCCACACCCAGCCUGCCUAUUUUACGGGCCACCUCCCUGCAUGACCACCCACCCAACCAGACCAUGGAGGCGAUCAGCCACUCCCAGCUAACACGCAGCUACUCCUUAGAGUACUCCCGGGACAUAUGUGGCGGGCAUGUGUAUGACAACGUGGGUGUGAAGAUGGAACAUCACAUCUAUGACAACCCAGAGGAGCUGAGAGAUGCCACGCCUGACCUCAUCCUGGCUGUUAGAUCCAAGGUGCCACUGGAUGAGGAACAGUUUGUAGGGGCUGAGUUGGGUGAGGAGAGGACGUUAGCGAGUGACCCCUCCCUAUCCUCCACCCGGUUGUCGUGUCUGGACAGAACAGAGAGAAACUCCCGAGCUCUGAGCCUACACAACUCCAUCACCAAGAUCCUGUCCGAGAACACAGAUUCCUCAGAGGAGGAGUGGCAGUCUAUAGCUGAUCUAGCCACCGCCUGUCGCAGCAUCCUAGAGGCCUUGUCGCAGGAAGAUCGUAAAGCAGGAGAUGGGACCCAAGGAGCAGACUCCCUGACAGAUGGCAAGCUAAAGGACAUGAAGGACAGUGACUCCCCGGGCCACCUGGAGGAGAAGGUUUCCCAGCUGGAGGACAUGCUGAAGAGGCUGCAGGACGACCUGCAAAAGGUCCACUGCUGAUGACGCCAAUAACAAUGUGAGAUCAGAGGAGAACGGGAUUAUUCCUCCUCCAAGACUGUUCUGCCAAAAGAUGCCAMGGCAGCUCUCCUACACCCAACUCAAACCACUGGACCCAGCAGUGUUGUACAGCUCUGUAAGGGAUGCCAAACAAUUGUCACUCAAAGCUCUUGUUUGUUGUAUAUACUAUUUUACUUCCUCUUGUAAUUUUAUUUUAGAGUCACUGUGAUUACCCGGUACCAGCAGAUAAUGAUAUAUUCAAAUUAAAUUAUAAAUCUAAACUUUAUCUAUAUGUGAAGACAACAUGUACAGCUGAACUGCUCAGUGCUACUUAGUACAUUUGGUUGUGUAUGCCCUCAAUUGUAGGAUGGUUUAAUAUGGAGACUGGUGUAAAUGUGCCCAAACAGGCUGUUUAAAAUGGUGAUGCCUUGUUGUUGGAAAUGAUUAGCAGAGUGGAGAAGUGUAAGAAUAUMUGCUGUUUUACUGUGUUCUUCUGUAUAGUUCUGUAGAUUGUAGGAGGUUGAUGAAGCAUGAUAAUGCACCAGGUAACUUCCUAGCUCCCCUCUCUGUGUGUGUAUGUAUGUAAAACAAAAAAAUGUAAUAACUUAUUAAUCUUGCAAAUGUGGAAUUCCCUGUUAGAUGUGUUAAUAAAAGGGGAGGCAGGCAGCAAUUAGAUGUGCUAUAAMGUUAAAAUGGUAUGAUAGGGGUUGGUUUUAAGGAAGAAUCUGUUUUUAUAUAUACAUUCAAAUACAAGAAGACAAGAGGUCAAAUAUUUCUGCAAUGUUCUAGUAUUUCUUGGGGAAAUGAUAAUGGCUAUCGUUAUCAUUCUAGUAUUGAGCUAUUCAUUCAGAGCUCCUACGUUCACGUUCAAUAAGGUCUCUAAUGCCACUAGGUACGCCUUAAAGAGUGACUCUGGGACUCUCCAGAGAGGACGGGACAGACAACAUGGUCAGACUGGUUCAUGUGAAGGCUUCUUUCUCAGACAUUGUGCCUACCUGAAAUUGUAAUGUACGGUAACUCAGCUUGGUGUCUUCAUUUCAGUUCUUCAUGGUCAUUGUUUGCAGACAGUGUCAGGUUGUCCGUGURUCCUGCAGGAUAGACAGGUGCGUCUGCCACCUCCCAGAGGAUCUGUGGCCAUUAAAUCAAAAAGAUGGGUUUAGGGACGCCAGGAAAGUGUCAUAAAGGUUAUAUGAAGACGAUAUGAAGUUUGUGUUUGCUUUUGUUAGGUUAAAGGAAAUGAUCCGUAUAGCGCUGGUUUAAGAGCAGUAUCUCCAACCUUAUUGAAUCACAAUCAUUCCAUGCAUAAAAACAUAACUUUCCACAAUCAUUUGAACCCCCAUUUAUGUAUCACAAAAAGUAUCCCUGAGUGACCCCUAACAACACCUUGUAUGCCUGAGUGACCCCUAACAACACCUUGUAUGCCUGAGUGACCCCUAA